CGAAAAUCAAACAUACAUUUUCGAAAAAAACAAUUAUUAUAAAAAAUAUAUCAGCCAUCAUGAGCAACAUCAGCAACGACAGUGGAUUGGAUGACUCUGCCAACAGCGUCGCCGUCGUCAAUGCCAAUGGCCCUUUGGCAGCCACACGUUUGUCCUGGUUCCUGGCUGAAGUAGAUGAUGGCUUGAUGAAGAAUGGAAAACCAAAUGGCCAGCCCCGUCUGUGUGUGCUCCACUCCAUGGAGCUGCUUGAAUCGGAUGUAUCAGACAAAUACAUGACCCGUUUUGUCGAAUUCCGAGUCAAUGGAAUGGUGCUAGAGGCGAAGCUUAUCCUGGCUGCUGAUGAGAGGCGUCUGGUGGAUGCUGCUUUGCUUUCCAUGAGCAAGGAGGAGCGCGAGGAUACCAGUGGUCAGCAACUGUUGGUCCAAUACACCGAAAACGAGAAGGCAGGCGAACGUCUGGUCCAGAAACUAGUCUCCCCGAAUAACGUCAUGUGGAUGAGCACCAAGCCCGAGUUGAAGGGUAAUCCUCUGGUUCGCCUGUCUCCCGGAUGCAUUGCCCAUGUACUGUAUGCCUACGAAAGGCAUGAUUACAUGGAGAAGAUCCUAUUGCACCUAAAGGCCCGAAGCUUUGACCAAGCCUUUGAAGAUCAUUUGGAAACCGAACCGGAGGCCAUGACCGAUGACACCUGGAUGCUCGUGCAAUACAGUCCCGAGCCGCAGAUGGUGGUCUACCAGGUGGUGCAGUACAAACAAACGGUGUGGCGCAAGGAAAAUCUCUUCAAGGAUGUGAUUGCCUAUAUGCAACUUCCUGGCAGCGAUAUCGUCCUUCAGGCGGUGGUUAUUAGCUAUGGCCAAGACAAAGAGGUUCAGGAAUCCAAGUACGAAGAAUUGCGAAGAUUCUCUUUUGAUAUCGACUUUCCCCUGCCCGAUGAAUUGGAGAAGCAACCUGAUCACGGAACUUCUACCGCCCUUUUCUCACGCACCAGCUUGUACCAAAAAGCAGAGCAGCGAGAUUCAACUGGAGAGCACAAGGAGCUGCGGAAAAGUCUGGAGCAAAUGAGCGAAAGGGCCCAGGGCGAAGCUCAGAUGAUAAUAGAUGCCUUCGAUAUGGUUGAUAAUAUCAACAAGAAUCUGCAGAGUUGAUUGUCCGGAGAGGGGCGAUUGGCCGUGGAGGUAACAUCCGGAGACGAACUUAAUUAAUCUGAAAAACAAUUUACAAUUUAGUCAGUUAAGUUACAUUCGAAGUUUAAAACUUAUAUGUUAAGGUAAAUAGCGUUUUAAAAUUAUCUUUCUAAUUAUAAAUAAAAUAUGCCAAAUAAAUACCUAAUUGGUA